UGGGCCCGCUUGCUGGAGGGGUAUAUAAGCCCCCCGAGAUGAACGUAUAACGCGGCUUCACAGUGUCUUCUCUUUCUUGAUCAUCCAAACCUCAACCGUCUCAAGAUGGCACCAAAGAAGGCAAAGAGGAGGGCAGCAGCAGGAGAUGGUGGCUCCUCCAAUGUGUUCUCCAUGUUUGAGCAGAGCCAGAUUCAGGAGUACAAGGAGGCUUUCACAAUCAUUGACCAGAACAGAGACGGUAUCAUCAGCAAAGAUGACUUGAGGGACGUGCUGGCAUCAAUGGGCCAGUUGAACGUGAAGAAUGAGGAGCUGGAGGCCAUGAUCAAGGAGGCCAGCGGCCCCAUCAACUUCACCGUCUUCCUCACCAUGUUCGGCGAGAAGCUGAAGGGUGCUGAUCCCGAGGACGUUAUUCUUAGCGCCUUCAAGGUCCUGGACCCCGAGGCCACCGGCUCCAUCAAGAAGGAAUUCCUCGAGGAGCUUCUGACCACUCAGUGUGACAGGUUCACCCCUGAGGAGAUCAAGAACAUGUGGGCCGCCUUCCCCCCAGAUGUCGCCGGCAACGUAGACUACAAGAACAUCUGCUACGUCAUCACACACGGAGAAGAGAAGGAGGAGUAAAGAGAAAGAAGACAAAGAAAGACAUCAAAUCCCUUUUGCUAUUCUGUCUUCCCCCCUCUGCCCUUCUCUUCCCCCCCACCCCCCC